AUGUUGACUCGUCCGUCGGCAGGGCUGAAGGUGGCUAACUGUAUGCUGGCAGAAGUGGCCGACAAUCGAGAGUGGAUGAGUGUGAAUGAAAGAGUGGUAAAGCAACUGGAAGUGGGGGUGGAGGGGCGGGGUGGGUCAAGUCGGGCCUUGGACUACGACCACCGCCUUUUUCACGCCUCCCAGCGACGUCUCCUGGCAGAGGCCGUCGGCCAAACAAAGCACGAGCUAAGCACCGGACGCUGGGCCGCCCAACUUCCUCUUCUCUCAGUCGCUUCUGCUCUUCUCCCUUUCACUGCCGUUUGCCCUGAUCCACCUCUUCUUUCCAUCGCCUCACAAGCAGUGAAAUCUCCUAUUCUGUCUGCUCGCUGA